CCCUCAUCCACCUUCUCAUAUCAUAUUACACAGUCUCGGAAGAGUCUCGCAAUCUGUGCAAAUCCGCCAAACUUGGCGAAACCAAAGACCAUGCGGAAUGUAUCUGAAAGAGCUCGGGAGUGGCAGACCUUCAGAUUCCUGUCGACAGUUCGGGAUAGCCGUGCCGUGCCCGACCCGGCCCACACAUCCCCGAGCAAAAGCCGCCGGGCAUCAUCCGACACCGUUCUAACGGCACUUGCCCAGCUCGGUGUCCUUCAACUUUCGGCGCGACGAGGGGUCCUGUCUCUCUUUGAUCACGAUGUGCAACACAUUGCUGCUGAAGCAACACCAACACUGCCGCUUCGACCUUACGCCCGUGAUGAAAUCACCCCUCUCCUUUUGCGCGGGCGCGACAUCUCCAGAAGCGAGGUUAUUUGUGACAAUGUCAUCCGUGAACAGAGACGGCAUCCCGAGGACCUCAUCGUCUUCGUGAUACCCGACCUUCUGGCCGACCCGCGGUUUCAUCACAUCCCAUCUCUUCUUGAGCAGGAAAUAUAUCCUCGGUUCUACGCAGGCGUCCCCAUCUGCUCGCCUUCUGGUGUCGUCAUAGGCUUGUUCUCGGUUUUUGACACAAGCCCGCGGCAAAAGCUCGACGAGUUGGAUAUCGACUUUAUGAAGGACCUUUCUCGGACAAUCUCACGCCAAUUGGGGUCCUACAGGAAGCAAUCGGUAUUACUCCAGACCGAGCGUAUCCUGAGAGGAGUGGUAAGCUAUUCGGAGGGAAGGGACGACAUUUCCGACCUAUCGGAGUAUCAUGCAGAAAGAGACACCGUCCAUCCGUGCCAGCGGGAUACACGGGACACAUAUCUAUUUGAUCGCCAUUGCGUGUCUUACUUCCCACAGAGCAACGGCUCAAUAGAUCCGCCAACGCAUACCACAGUAUCUGAAGAUGCCAUAGAUGGAACGCUGAGCAGCAGCGAGUAUGAGGCUGAACAUCUCAGAAAGCUUUCCCUCCCCGACCACAGAUCAUUGGACUCGCGGUUGAAGGCGGGUGACACUCACAGCAGGGGCAGUGAUAAACCAAUGCCACCAGACACGCCAACUCAGGGAACGCUAGGCGCCGACGUUCGGCUGUCUGAGAUCCAGAAGAGUUUCGCAAAGGCAUCAAACAUUAUCCGACAAUCUAUGGAUGCAGCCGGAGUAAUCUUUCUGGAUGCCAACACGAGCCCUUUCCAUUGCUGGCAAGACGGUGAUGCAAACACUACGUCAGAUGUACAUCCCAGGGCAGCAAGCAUCUCCUCCAACAAAGUCAAUGGCGUUGCGAAUUCUGAAAUCGACUUGGAAGUUAAACCGCACAAACGGCCCUGUGACAUUCUUGGGUUCUCUGUGACACCAACGGGGACGCCUGACGGGACAACGAUAGAUCCCACGGGUCCCUUACGGCACCCCGGGCCUCACCGCAGCUGGCGGGUCCUCUCAGAGAGCUUCCUUCGCAAGCUCCUGCGACGUUAUCCACGUGGGACUAUCUGGGAAUUUGACGCCGCAGGCAACUUCAUCAGUGCAUCGGAAGCCGUACCAAUGCCGUCCCCGCCCUCAUCGACAAGCCCCUCAUGUCCCUACUCUGACUCGGAAAUCGACACCGCCGCCAAAAGACAACGACGUGGCCGGGCACGGAGAAAAAGUGGUACAUUAAUGCGAAAGCCACGGAAGAGUGAGUGGGACACCAUCCACGCGGCAUUCCCCGAGGCCCGAGCAGUAUCCUUCUUUCCCCUGUGGGGGACCCAGAUGCAGCGCUGGUUCGCCGCCGGGCUGUCAUGGUCCAGAGAAUCAUUGCGCACCCUCGCACCGCAGGAUGAACUUGGCCUGUUCAACGCGUUUGGCAAGAAUAUCAUGGCCGAGGUGGCCCGUAUCGACGCGACGCUUGCCAACCAGGCCAAGUCAGACAUGCUUGGAUCCAUUUCGCACGAGAUGCUGUCGCCAUUGCACGGCAUCCUUGGCGCUGCGGAGCUUCUGCUUGAUACCGACCUCAGCACUUCCCAGAUGGAGCUCAUCUGCCUUGUAGAGGCUUCGGUCAGGACACUGCUGGACACUGUCGACCAUCUCCUAGACCAUUCCAAAAUCAACAGUCUAGUGGAGAACACCAAACUCUCCAAUGCCCGACGAGGUUCCUUCCAGUCAGACGACCUAGAGCACAGUGAAGGCCCUGAUCUCAGUGGCCCACCAGAAACAUCCAGGACGCGAUUGCGAUCUGGCAGCCUAGCACCCAAACCCUGGCCAUGGGAGCGACCGACCUUGACCCGCUUCUACGACAUAGACCUCGCCGUCAUGCUGGAAGAAGUCGUCGAGUCCCUCUAUGCGGGCUAUUCCUUCCAGCGAUGGUGCAACCAACGUGGCGCCGAUCCAGGUGAUGACAACGUCGCUAUCCAUCUGGACAUCGACCCUACCGUUAAUUGGUCUUACUACGCCCAACCCGGAGCAUUGCGCCGCAUCCUCAUGAACUUAUUCGGUAACGCACUAAAGUUCACUCACAAAGGAUUCAUCAAUCUCUCUCUGACCGCUCAACCUAUCCCAUCCGAACCACGCCCUUCUUUCGCCUCCACAGACCUUGACGACGAAGCAGAAGACCCAGGCAUCGAAACGGACAGCAAGCACUCCUCUUCCUACCCCAAAUCCAAGACCGGGUGGAAUGACCAGAACCGCUCAAACGUAGUGCUCACCGUUUCGGACACAGGCAAGGGAAUCACCCAACGCUUUCUCCGUGAAAAGGCCUUUUCUCCCUUUCAAAAGGAAGACAGUCUCACCCCUGGCCCUGGCCUUGGCCUUUCUAUCGUGAAACAGAUUGUCUGUGCCCUCAAUGGGCGCGUCGUCAUUGACUCUCGACCUGGCGAAGGGACGACAGUCAGAGUGAUCAUACCACUUCAGCAUUCGAGCCCAGAAACAACGAGUGAGGAUAGGGACAUGGUGGAGCAUAAGGAGGCGCUGGGUGGGUUGAGGAUUUGCUUACUUGGUUUCGAUGGGCUGGGAGACGGUGAUCCCGAUGGAAAUCAGUGGGGCGAGCCGGUCAGUGCAAAGGAGAGAAAAGUACUGAGGGGGAGGAUCAUGGAGAGGAUGUGUAGGGAUUGGCUUGGAUCUCAGGUGGUGACGAACCCGGCGGAGGCGCAGAUGACAAUCUGUAGCGAUCGGUUUGUGUUGGAAAUGUGCACAAAAGAUGGCGCUGAUGACAAGACUGGUGGGAGGGGGUUCGCAUCGAAGACGUUGGCCGGCCCAUUGGUGGUGGUGUGUGGGAAUGAAGUUGUUGCGCAGAAUCUGUCACUGGCUAGGGGGGAAUCUGCUGCCGGAGGGAAAGGGGAGGCAAGCGUCAUGGAGUUCAUCGGUCAGCCGGUUGGGCCAAGGAAGCUGGCUAAGACACUGAGGAAGUGCCUUCAGCAGCAUCCAGUCUCGCUGAAGGAAAGAGAGGGUGAACGAACCUCAUCCGAGUCUAGCAUCGAUCUGGAUGUUCUACAGAGAAAGAUGUCGGACCCGGAGGUCUUCCAGAUCGCCAACAAGAAGUCGCGGUUCUUGCCUUAUCUGGCAGAUGAUUUCGGGGAUAACUUGUUUUCGACGGACCAGGGGACGGCGGCUGCUGCCACAAGGCCUCUGGUGCAGAGAAUCAAAAGCACUGGUGGAAGGCCUUUGGUGCAGCGGACGUCCAUGGGGAAGGAUGGGAAGGGAGAAGGGGGGAAGAUGGGGUAUGCUCCAGUGUCCGACAUGGAGGAAGGAGAAAAGGUGGAGGAAGCGGCAAUCCCCGAACCGACGCUACUACAGAACGUGAAGCAAGAAGAGACUUCCCUACCUCUAUCAUCGCAGAAAAAGAACAUCAAGAUGCCGCUGACCAGGCCUCCACUGCCACCACGGUACCAUACUGGGAAAGAGAAAACGAACAGCAUGGACCUCGGCUUCACUACUGUAUCCAUCUCCGAGGUGUCGUCGCCGUUCGAUUCGAUUAUCUCGCCACCGGUCCUGACCAAUGUCCCUGCCUCCCCCGAGGAUGAACAGGUGUCGCCUAUGUCGCAUGCCAUCAACACGAUUCCCCCUUCCGGUACUAUUGAUGCAAGCACCAGCAUCAUCGGCAAUGCUGGCCCUACAGGUGGGGCCAUCGUUGGGGCUGCUGCCGCCCCCGCCACGAGCAACACAAUGACAGGUACCGAGGCCGUUCCGAAUGUGCCACUGCCGCCGAAACCGCUCGAGCUGCUCGAACCGUACGAAGUCCAGCGCCAGCAAUCAAUACUAAUAACCUCCCCAGUGCUCACGGGAGGGCAACCACCUGAACUUCAUCUCGAUACACGUCGCCUCUCAAAGGCAUCUAAUUUCUCUAUGAAUACAACCUCCUCCCCAUCCCAACCUUCGCCCCCCUCUCAAUCCCUGUCAAACUCGCCCUCUCAACCCCGUAAGAUCUCUUCCAAUUUUUCACCAAAUCAGGACGAAAAGGCCUGCCUCCUAGUAGACGACAACCCCAUCAACCUUCACAUCCUCGCCUCGGCAAUGCGUAAGACGCAUCGCCCCUAUGCGACUGCCCGCAACGGACUGGAGGCAGUGGAGAUCUACAAGGAGAACCCGGGACGGUACAAGUGGGUGUUGAUGGACAUCAGCAUGCCGGUGAUGGACGGGUUGGAGGCGACGAGGAAGAUCAGGGAGUUUGAGAGGGAGUACCCUGUGCAAAGGAGUAGGAGCUUGGGAAGGGGUCUGGGCACUAAAAGGGGGAGUGGAGCAACCGAGGUGACGAAUGCGGCAAGGGCUCGAGCUGGGAGUUUGGAUUUUGCAGAUAUGCGUGGUGUUGAAGUGCAGGCGGACGUCGAAACCGGUGCCGUGAGUGGAGCUGGAAAUGGGAAGCGAGUUAUCCGGAAGAAGGCUGGACGGGCAUCUCUCAAUGGAAUUGGGCUUGCGUCAGCUCCGCUCAUGGAUCAGGACAGGGGUGCGCCUACAGAAUGGGAUGCUCAAGUGGUACAGAACCUGGAAGCGGAAACUGUUCAGCAAGUCGAUGGCGAAGAGAAGAGUGAUGAAGGUGUAACAGGGCUAGAGGAGAACAGCACAGAAGGGGAACUUAUCAAUGGUCUGGAGCCCGCAACAGUCGUAGCGCUCACAGGAGUUACAAGCGGGACGAUACAGAAGGAUGCGCUGGCGAGCGGGGUGGAUUUGUUUUUGACGAAGCCGGUUAGGAUGAAGGAUUUGGGGGCAAUCUUGGGAGAUGGUUGAUCGGUUUUCUUGACGUGAUAUCUGUUUACGGAUGUACGGCCUAACUCAAGCUGAGGGUGUGGCAUGCACUGGCGUUGUCGGAGUUCUGUAGUAUUAGCACAGGGAAAAGCCCCGGAGGCUUAAAAAAGGGUGUCUGGCGUUCAUUUGUAAUACAAUUUGUUCGCAAUGUACUUCUAUG